AUGUCAACAUCGCAAUCAGCGAAGUGUCAUGUGGCAUUCAAUGGAUCUGAGGUGGAAGCAAUUGAUACCCCUUGCGUGGGGCAACCGAUGGACAUUAAGAUGAGAAAAGGACAAUGCUGCAUUCUCAAACCCCGUGAACAACCUAAAGAUGAGCAAACUGAAAGGCCUACAGCGGUUUCCUUUGCAGGGAGCACAUGCCAAGAUGUUUGCAGCAGCAAAAAUCAACGGAAGCUGUGCCCCAUAAAAGCCACAGCAGAUAGUAACCCUUGCAAUUGCCUUUCCGAAGACCAAUGCAAGAGGACUUGUAACCACAACAUAUCUGGCUACGCCGAAUUGAAGACCCAGAUAGACACCUCUGAGGAAGCAUACUUGAAUGGGCAGUUCACUAAGGUCAGAGAUAAUAGCUACCCCCUUGAAAAUCUUGAUGAUUUGCUUCCUGAUGCGCUGAACGAACAAUCUGAUCAGGCAGAGACAAAUACCUGCGUAGAAAUGCCCUUUAGGACAGCUUGUUGCAAAUCAUCUUUUAAAAAUCGUGUUGGGUAUUCUAGAGACUUUUCAGCUACCGACUGUUCUCGGAAGAGAUCGUUUACUUGUUGUACCGACGCUUGCUUGGAUCGCGCAACUCAGGAUGAAUUCGAAAAAACGCUAGGCAAAUUCUUGCCCAAAAUGGAGACUGGCGUUGGAGAAAACAGAAACCAGAAAACUAAAGGUUCCUUUGCCAAUUUAACCACGGUAGAGACUGCAGUUUCCAAUAAAGGAUGGCUGUUGAAUAGUGGUGACAUGAGUAUUUGGAAUUCAAUUUAUGAACAAUAUGCUAUACGAUUAGUUGCUCUUGGCUGUCUUUGUCGUUCUUUGGUUACUGAAGGGAAGCGUUCUUGUUGCAAUCCUCGCUCUUCAACACGCUUAUCGAGGAAAAUCGUCAAGAAUGUUGGGGAGGAAAAAAGAACUGUUCUAAAAGCAGCAUGCAGAGAUUCUAAACAUAAGAAUAUCAAGAUCGAUGAUGUGUCGAGUUUCGCAAGGUGUGAAGGAGAAAGCACUAUCCCUAGGGACUGUGCUGGAUUAAAGGAUGGUCUUUUUGGGGAGGAUGACCCAGGUUCUUCUGUCAAAAAGAAAAAAUGCUGCGGUGAUAAUAACUUUACCACUUCAUGUCAGAGAAACAAUGAAAGUAAUUCGUGUCAUGGAAAGGCCCAACCGAUUAUCGGAAAUACAAGAACAACGUCAACAAAGAGCCUCAGUAACUAUGAUGCAAGAGCAAAAAAUGUGGAGCAUUUUAUUCUCUCAAUACAAGGUAUGACCUGCACAGGUUGUGAGACGAAGCUGAGAAGAGUCCUGGUAAAAAAUCCUGGCUUGAGCAAUCUAAAGACUAGCUUAGUCUUAUCUCGUGCUGAAUUUGACCUGGAUUGUGGCCUUUCAACUAUCGCUGAUGUUAUGAGGCAGAUACAGCAUUCUACAGAGUUUCAAUGUGAAAGAAUUGUCAGUGAGGGUUCGAUGCUUGAUCUCAGAGUUCUCGGAGACAUGAAAGCUUUUCUCAAUUCUGUGAAACCUGAUGGGGUGACAGAAAUGUUUACAGUUGGAAAAAAUCAGGUUCGUGUCCUAUUCGAUCCAAAUAUCGUAGGCGCGCGUACUCUUUUGGAUUAUAAUUGGGCUGAAAUUGUGGAGCUUGCACCAUUACGCUGUGAUCCGGCUUUAAAUGCUGGAAGAAAGCAUGCACGCUAUUUGGGAUACAUGACUAUUCUUUCUACAUUUUUGACAAUACCUGUUUUAGUCAUGGCUUGGGCGCCAAUUCCUGAACACCCGAUUGCCCACGGUGCAAUUUCACUAGCUCUUGCAACUUUAGUUCAAAUAUUUGUCGCAGGUCCUUUUUAUCCAAAAGCUUUGAAAUCCUUAUUUUUUUCCCGGGUAAUUGAAAUGGACCUACUUGUUGUUUUGAGUACUAGUACUGCAUACAUUUUCUCUAUUGUAUCUUUCUCUUUUCUCGCUGCCAAAAAACCACUUUCAACAGGUCAGUUUUUCGAAACUAGUACUCUACUUGUAACACUAAUUAUGGUUGGUCGCUUCAUUGCUGCUAUGACGCGCCAAAAGGCAGUUGAAUCAAUAUCUAUUCGGUCUCUUCAAACACAGAAUGCCAUCCUCGUAGAUGGAUCAGAUGAUUCCGAAGGCAAAGAGAUAGAUAUACGAUUAUUGCAAUACGGAGAUGUAUUUAAGGUAAAGCCUGAUUCGAGUAUUCCUACUGACGGGAUUGUUAUUUCUGGAUUUUCCGUGGUCAAUGAAUCAUUAAUUACUGGGGAAUCUCACCUUGUCGAGAAACGUCCUGGAACUAGCGUAAUUGCCGGAACUAUUAACGUUUCAGGUACGUUAUUUGUACGUCUUUCCCAGCUGCCAGGAGACAAUACUAUCAGUACUAUUUCUUGCAUGGUUGACGAGGCAAAACUCUCUAAGCCAAAAAUGCAAGAAAUGGCGGAUACGAUAGCCUCAUAUUUUGUUCCAGUAAUCCUCAUGUUAGCUAUAUUGACAUUUGCGAUUUGGAUUGCUGUCGGAAAAACGCUUCAAAAAAGAUCCGCUUCAGAUGCAGUCGUUCAAGCCGUGACAUACGCCAUCACCGUAUUGGUUGUUUCUUGCCCUUGUGCUAUAGGGCUUGCAGUUCCAAUGGUUAUUGUCUUUUCAAGUGGAAUUGCUGCAAAACGAGGUGUUAUUAUCAAAACUGCGUCAGCAAUCGAGCAGGCCUGUAAAACGACUCACAUCGUUUUUGAUAAAACUGGAACUUUAACGGAGGGAAAAUUAGCCAUUGUAUCGGAACAUUAUCGUGAAGAUGCAAAUACACGACUACCAGUAUUGUUGGGACUAUUAUCAGAUAAUAAACAUCCUAUUUCAAUAGCAAUCAGCAACUAUCUGAGGUCAAAAGAAUUUGUCGGAAAACCAGUUGAUAACAUCAAAGACUUGCCAGGUCAAGGGGUCGAAGGCAAAUAUUCUGGGCAAAUCGUACGCGGCGGAAAUGCUCGUUGGUUGAAAGCUGAUAACCAUGCCAUGGUGCAGCAAGUACUUGAUCUUGGUCAAUCUGUAUUUUGCUUCACUAUUGAUGAUGUACUGUGGGCAGUUUUUGGUCUCCAAGACUCACUUAGGGAUGAGGCAUUUGAUGUUGUUUCCAAACUGCAAAGCCAAGGAAUAUCUGUGCAUAUUGUAUCUGGAGAUGAGGUAGGGUCAGUUAGACGUAUUGCAGCGAGUCUGAUGGUCCCUAGUAGAAACACUAAGUCUAGAAGCUCUCCCAAGGACAAAGAGCUAUAUGUUCAAAAUCUUUUGGUAUACCCUCGAAAUAUCAAGAAUAAUGUUGUGGUAUUUUGUGGUGAUGGUAUCAAUGAUGCUAUUGCACUGAGUCGUGCAACUAUCGGUGUUCAUAUUAAUUCAACAAGUGACAUUGCCCAAUCUGCUGCUGAUGUAAUACUAACGAAACAAAAUUUGGUUGGGAUUCUUACUCUCAUUAAUCUUAGCAAAGUUUCUGUACGUCGCAUCAAGUUUAAUUUUGGGUGGAGUUUUGUCUACAAUUUUUUUGCCAUAUUGUUGGCUGCGGGUGUCUUUGUGAAAUUGAAAAUCGCUCCGGAAUAUGCUGGGUUGGGCGAGUUAAUAAGUGUAGUACCUGUUAUCGCUGCUGCUGUCUUUUUGAGAUGGAGCAAUUUAUGA